UUUUUUUUUUUCUUUUUUUUCUUUAUUGCUCAAUGUCAGAUGCUGAAGAAAAACUGCGGGAUCGUUACCUUCAACUGUGGCUCAGCACUAUAAAGGAAUCACCCACGGCAACAUUCCAACUACACGGAGGAAUUACAGUUCAAGGGAAAUUACGAGCAACUGACAGUGAAAACAACAGAUUCCGAGUAGAUCGGCUCGAGUCGCCCAUGGGAACAUACGAUAGAGCAGUAAUUCGUGGAACUGACAUUAAUGUUAUAGAAUGGGAUGUGUAAAUAGGCUCUCCAAAGAGCUGAAAAAAAGGAAAAAUAAAAAACACAUACUAUUAAUACGUUCGCUCAAUGUUAGCUCUCACUCUUUUUUUUAAGUGCACUUUCUUUACCCUUUCGAAUAUUCGCUUAGUUUAAAGUACAUGCGCAGACUUAAUCCUGUCGGCUUUACACAAACGUAUGAGUUUUGAUUUGAAGAUAAGAUGACAAAUAACCAAUGUAACUCUUUCAAAUGGACAAAUGAACAUUUAUUAUAUCCUCUUUGUAUAUCCUAGUAAGAUAUGUAUUGUGUGGAUAUAUAAUCGCUUAACGUUCUUGACUUAUUACAUGCACACACAUAUAUUCAAACCUUUCAUCUACCCAACAUUACCACUUUGAAAUCCGCAAAUAUGGAAAAAGCUACAACAUAUUCUGAAGCUGUCUUCAGUUGUGUUUGUUUAACGUUGUACAAUAAACUUAUUGUUUAUAGAAAAAGCG